AUGUCGAGGUCAGUUCCUUUCUACCACUACACCAACGGUCCGGGCUUAGAUGGCAUCUUGAAGGAAGGGCGCCUUGGGGUCUCCGAUCCCAAAAGGGGGGAUGCCGUGGAGGGGAGGGGCACCUAUGGCACCAACCUGGUACCAUCCACAAGGCCCAAAGCCAUCGCCGAGAACAACUGGGAUAGCGGAUGGAAAACCGCGAUGGAGCACGGGAAGAUGGAUCACUACAUCCGCUGCGAGAUUCCCAAGGAGGAGCUAAAGGACCGGCCGGGACAUGGCCAGCGCAAGGACGGUCGGAUCUUCGUCCAUCGCGAGGGAAUCGACCUCCGCAAGUAUCCCACAAGGUACGGUCAAGUGGGGAAGGACACGGUGCCCCAGGCCAAGAGGUAUGAUCCGGAGUCCAUCCGCAGGGCCAUCUAUCCGGACCGCCGUGGGCCAGCGCCACCCCCUCCCCGUGCCCCGCUCCCGCCCUCCCCUGCCAGGGCAGUGUUGCCGUCUGCAGGAAUCACAAAGCAGGCUCCGACUGGCCUCUCGCGCUCCUCCCAGAGCACGAGGGAGGCCAUCUCGGCUGCGUUUGGGCACGAUCUGGGAGAAGCCACAACUUGGAACUCUGGGCCGCAGCUGCAGAGUAGCGGCUACAACUCUCGAGGAAAUUAUUACGAAUCCUAUGACGACGGCUCCUACCACUAUGAGAACCAAGAUGGCUCCACAUACCAGUGCGAUGCAGACGGCCACACAGCCUACACCACCCCAGGUGGCUGGGUCGUCGAGUCCGAAGGCAGCGACGAUGAGGAGUGUGCAGUGGCAGGUUUCGCGGUACCAGUCGAAGACAGUGACGAUGAGGAGUGCGCAGUCGCGGGCUAUGCGGUAGAGGCCGAAGACAGCCACAGCGAUGGUGGAGGCGGCUAUGGAGGUGGUGAUGACUACGAGGACGACUACGGCGACUAUGGCGGCGGUAGCGAUUAUGGCGACGACUACGAUGAUGACUACGACGACGACUACUAG